AGCAAGACUUGAAAAUGACCUGAUAGACUUUCAGUGGAGGAGGAAUGACGACCAACAUUUCAUGGCAAAUAGAAAUGUAUUACUUUCCCUGCUGAAGAAACACCACAUCAUAUCAGAGGUUAUGACUUUCGAUGAGCAAUGUCAGGAGGCUGAAGGGCUUGGUUGGUACUUAGUUCCUAGCUUAUUGAAGAACAGAAUAACAAAUACGAAGAUCGAUGAUUUUUUCCAGGGAAAGAGACAAACUAUUAUAAGGAUUGCGCUGCUGUUCGAGAAUUCAGCUAUACUACCGACGAUCUGUCAUCGACUGUUUGCUGCAGCUCUUGGCAAAUGGUGUGCUGCUUCCUACCACAACCAAAUAUUAUUGUUUGAGGACUUUUCUGUCUUCAGACUUGACAUGUAUCAAGUAGGAAUAAUCAGAAUGAAUUUGAGAGACAGAGUUAUAGAACUUCAAGUUUUAGGUCUUGGAUGCUCCGCAUAUUUGGGUGACAGUUUCCGACGAUUUAUGGAAGCAAUUGUAAAUCAUGAGUUUAGGAAAUUUAACACAAGCAGUCAACACCAGCCGUACAAACUGAGCUACAGAUGCAAUCACAAAAGCCAUGGAAUCGAUGGCAGUGAACUCGUUGAACUGUCACACAUGAGAGGGAAACACAACGUUCCCUGUCCGAAUCUGGAGAAUCAUACUAUAUCUAUAGCAGAGGCAAAGUCAGAAUGGUUCCUGGAAGACAAAAUAAGAAUGAAUGACAUUCCAAAAACAAUACCAUCUGUGAAACAGCUCAGUAAAUUUUCCAGAUCGAUUGGGGAAAAUUGGGAGAUACUUGGAGCUGAAUUGGGAUUAAGCAAGGUAGAAAUAGACCUUUUGAAUGAGGACAAUCGAACGGCUGUCAUGAAAAGAUUUGGAAUGCUUAUGGAAUGGCAAAAACACCAAGCAGAUAGAGCAACUAUGGACGUUUUGGUUGAAGCAGUAAAGAAAACCCCACAAGUUCGAAUCGACUGGGACAUUAUUCGAAACAUUAUUGAUGAAAUAAAAGAGCAAAAACAAGGAUACGCCGCACAGACAACUGAACGCAGCGAAUGCCUGAAAUAAAAUCAGAACUGCGACAAGAAAAGUGUAUUGAAACGUUCACUUGAUAACUCUGAGACACAUUUCAAAGACGACGACGGUUGUGAUAGUUUUAUACUUCGUCCAAAGUCUGACAAGGCUGUCAUGAAAGAAAUUAUAUAUUACAUUCUACAUUCUAUAAACUACUUUGUAACUUUAAGAUAAUCGUUCAUACAUAACGGCUAUAAACAGGUGAAGUUUUUUAAGCAGUAUCGAUGCUCAACUAGAUAGAUUCUAUUUGGGAAACUAACAUUCUACGAUAGAAUAUAUUAUUAUUGUCUCAGCCAAUGUGAAUGUGAAAUAAAGUGUUGUGAAAUAUAUGCAUGUAAAUAUUUGCAUUCACAUUAAAAGAUCACCUUGUGAAAAAAAGUUUAAUCUAGUUUAAAAGGAUACACAGGUAAAUGUGUAAAAUGAAAAUUAAAUUUAUAUCAUUGUGGAAACGACAUUUCUCACAUUUUACUGACAUGCUUAGUUAAAAUAGAUGUAUGUUAUAUUUUGAUGAUAUGGGUGCAAAAUUGCCAUGCUUUUGAUAACCUUACAUGGUAAGGUUUAUGUCUAAAAUGCUUAAAGAUGCAACAUUCCGUUUUACAUUUUUGAUCUUUCUAAUUUUUACCAUGGACAAAGUAAGGUAAUUAGAUUUUAAUUGUCAAAUUCCUGAUUGGACGAUUUGUCAUAUGUUUUUGCGUCUUCACAUAUAGUAUAUAGUCAUAUGGUGACUGCUACAGCUUGCAUUAUUUAUGUAAAUAAGUAAACUAGCAUAAAUCUAUUCCUUGCAAGAAAAUAUUUAAGACAGUACAAUAUUCAUGUGUGCAUUAAAUUAUCAAAAAUGUUGAAUGCGCAGACUCUAAAUAAAGUUCGUAGUAUGUUUUGCUUUGUUAGGCCAAUGCUGGUGAUAAGUAUCGCUCAAACUAUAUUUUCACAGAGCGAAAACAAGAUACACUAUUUUCUAGGGUGACAUAGCUUCGAGUGAAAAUGAGGUGUUCAAAAAUAGAAUUUGUUAAUUAUGUGGAAACCUGUUUUAGUGACAUUAUAUAAUUAAUCUAAACAAAAUAAUUUUUAUUGUUUGUGCAGAAACUACAAAUUUUUACAUUUUAAUUCAGUAAUGCUAGACAAAAGAAAGAAAUUCUAAAAGUCUUAGAAAAUAUUAAUUGUUUUUGUCUUUGCAACAAAAAUUAAGAACGCCCAUGCGCCAUGAGAAGACAAUAGUAUAAAGUGAACAGUCCUUGACGGAACAAAAAAAAACACAUAGAUUUUUUUUCAAAUAUUGUUCUCAAACAGUCCCAAUAUUAAAAUAUACGUUGUCAAAUAAGUGAUUUACAUUUGUCAUAUAUAUAUAAAUGACAUAAAACAAUGAACACGACAGGCGCGACAACGUCAACAUGCUUUUAUAUGUCACGUUUCUACACUGUUUUGAUGACUUGCUUAUUAAAAGCAUGUCUUGAAAUGGUUAAGAUAACUUCUUCAAACUUACAGAAGAAGAAGAAAUCGCUUCGUGAAUACUUUAUAUCUUAAUAAUGUAUUUUCGUAUGGAUGACGCAUGUUUUUCCGUUAUUUCUUUUAUCACAUUGACGUUAUUUAUUUUUGAAUUAUUGGCUAUGGGCUUUAUAAGGUUUAAGCUUUGCCUCGGAACGCGCACAUGUAACAAGUUAUGUUAACAACGUGCGGGCGCAUGAACGUCUCUGUUCACACACAUUUACUCCCCAUUUGAAAGACCCCCAAGAAAACGGCAAAAGUGGUAGUUUUAUGCUAGAAUUGUCAUUAAAACGGGUUUUCAAAUGGAAUGCUUCACAUAUAUAACACUGCUUGCGAAACACUUUUUAGUUAAAGUCUUUUCAAUGAUUUAAACCAGCUUCGUUCUAUUGGCGUCCUCAGUAAAUGCCAAACAUUAUAUAAUAUUUACCAUUCUGAAAUAACAAAAUUUAUUAUAUACCUUUAUAAAUUCUGUCAAAACUUCACACAUUUCUAUUUUAACAUCGGCAAACAUUGAAGAUUUUGUUCAAUAAAAAAGCAACAAACAAAAUGAUGGAGGUAUAUUAAUACAAGAGGGCCAUGAUGGCCCUAUAUCGCUCACCUGAGUUAAGUUGCUUGGUUGCUUGCUUGAACACAUUUCUAUGCUAAAGCUUCAAAAACAAGAAAGUAGGUCAGUAGGUCAUAUUCAUGGUCACUAAAAGUCAGUUUUAAGAUCGAUGUGCAAAACUGUACAUGUCAUCCAAAUUUCAUUGCUGUAUCUUAAAAAACAAGAAAGUAGGUCAGUAGGUCACAUUUAUGGUCAUGGAAAGUCAGUUUUAAAAAAUCGAUGUGCAAAACUGUACAAGUCAUCCAAAUUUUAAGGCUGUAUCUUAAAAAAGCAAGAAAGUAGGACAGUAGGUCAAGGUCACAGUCGGGUGACCCCUUAUCACUUGGGGUCAUCAGGUAAAUAUAAUUAAACAGUCUAGGAAAUAUGAUCUUAUAAUAUUUGAAGUAUUGUUUCCUAUAUAACUGAUAUAUCAAAUGACCCCUUGGGCUGGGCCUCUUUUCACCCUAGGGGCAUAAUUCGAACAAUCUUGUUAGAGAUCAACUAGGCAAUGAUACAAACAAAAUAUCAAAUGCAAAGGCCUUGAAAUUUCAGACAAGAAGAUUUUUAAAUUUUUUUCCCAAUCGGUGCAUAUAAGUCCAUGUAAAACUUGGGACCCCAGGGCAGGGCCUUUUUUCACCCCAGGGGAAUAAUUUGAACAAUCUUCGUAGAGGACCACAAGGCAAUGCUACAAACCAAAACUAAUAUCAAAAGCCUAGGUCUUGUGGUUUUAGACAAGAAAAUUUUAAAAGAAUUUUUCCUAUACAAAUCUAUAUAAACCACGUGACCCCCUGGGCGGGGCCAUAUUUCAUCCUAGUGGGGGUGGGGGGGGGGGAGAUCAUUUGAACAAUCUAGGUAGAGGCCCACUAUAUGAUGCUACAUACUAAAUAUCAAAACCCUAGGCUUUGGACAAGAAGAAUUUCAAAGUGUUUCCCUAUAUAAGUCUAUAGAAACAAUGUGACCCCCCUGGGACAGGGCUGUAUUAUAUCUUAGGGGGAUAAUUUGAACAAUCUUUGUAGAGGCCCACUAGAUGAUGCUACAUACUAAAUAUCAAAGCCCUACCCCUUAUGGCUUUGGACAAGAAGAUUUUCAAAAUAUUUCCCUAUAUAAGUCUAUAUAAACCAUGUGACCCCCUGGGUGGGGCCAUAUUUGAACCGGGAGAAUAAUUUGAACAGUCUUGUUAAAGACGUACUAGAUGAUUCUACAAACCAAUUAUCAAAGCCAUAGACCUUGUGGUUUUGGACAAGAAGAUUUAAAAAAAAUCGAUUCGGUUGCCAUUGCAACCAGAGUUCUGUACGGAAUUCUAUUCUUUGAAAAUUUUUAAAGAAGACCAUCCAAGGAUUAUCCCUGUGAGGUUUCAUCAAAAUUGCCGUGGUGGUUUAAGAGGAGAUGUUUAAAGAAAAGUGUGGACGGAUGGACGGAUGGACGCCGGACGGUGAGCGAUCACAAUAGCUCACUCUGAGCCUUUGACUCAGGUGAGCUAAAAAGGGUCAUUAUAAUAGUAUAGUAGCUAGAUCUUGGAUUUUGUAUUCGGUUCUCGUGGAUUUUGCAAGGACGGAUCACUCUUGGCGCUUGCGUGAGAUCGAAUCUGGCAAAAUCCACUCUAGACGAAAGCAGCAUCCCAGAUCGAGCUACUUUUACAAUGACCAUAUUGUAUUUUACCAUUAUGUUUCAUCACUUCAGCAGAUUAAGACUAUCCUUUUCAUAUUGUCCUUAGUUAUUUCUGUACAGAAUACUGAAAAAUUAUAUAGAAAAUGUUACAAUAUUUAUUAUAUUUUUGUUUUACUUGUAAGGAAUGCAUGUUCUUGUAAACAAAAAUAGUCAUGAUACUUGAUUUGUAAUAUUGUAUUUCUAAAUGUUUUGUUAAACAUUAAGUGAAAAUAACAGAGAUUUUGUGAGUUUUAUUCUUCACGUGUACGCGUGUGAAACAAAAUAUGUCUGAUGAAAGCUACCCGAUACAUUUAAUUCAUCAGCUCGCUACACAUCUAAAACUUCAAACUAAAGGUUUUACAGUUUGAACAUGUAUGAACUAAAUUUUGUGAUACUACAAACAACAAAUGCUUUUUGAAAUAAUGAAAUCCCACGCGUACGCAUAUCUGUGUUAAAUCGCAACAUCUCUUUUGUCUUUAGGAAAACCCGAUUUAUGUUCUGUUAUGUAUGCCACUUACGUCAAUAAAAGUUCAAUUUAUGGUUAGUAUGCAUGUUUGAGAUAUCAAAAGUAAUUGUGAAACGUCAUCCGUAUAAUAUAAAAUAAAGCCUGGAUCUGACAUACAAAAACAUAAAACAUACAAUGAGUCAUUUAUAACACUUAUGUUAAUUGAUAAAAUCGGGGACGUUAUUAUUUUUGUAAAGAUUAAAUAAUAGUGAUAAAAUUUUUGACGCGUAAAAAUCUAUCAUGUCAUAAAAUGUUCUUGAAAGUGUUCAAGGUAUAGCACACAUUUUAUUUGACCAUAUGAUAGAAAAUGAUUUUGUAAAUUGACAAGUUUAUUGAAAAGUUAAUUGUACUUAAUUGUACAUUUUGUAACCUUUUUUUCCAAAAUGUCAUAUGUUAUUUGCUUAAUAUACUCAGUCUAAUAUUUUUUAAUAUAUAUUAUGAAAACUGUUAAUUCGAUGCCUAAGAAAUGUUUUGAUAAAGAGAACUGAGUAAGAUGCUUUAUUCUAUAUCUAUUCUAUCUAUCCAAUUGUGAACGUUCAUUUGCAACAUGUGACCGUACAAGAUAUUACCUUAUUGGACGCUCGUGCAUACAAAAAAACAUGUAUUUUUUUAUUCCGCAUUUGGACAGUUCAAAAAGUCCCAUGUUAAACAUACGAUAAAGCCCGAAUCGCGUGAAAAUGUUCCGAAUGUAAAUAAGGUGAAGAAGGCGCUCUAUGUAGGCAGAAAAAAUUCAGUGAAUCAUUUUAAUUCAAACUAAAAUUGAAUAGAUAUAAAAUAAAAAGGUUUUUUAACAUUGAACUGUACAGUACGAGAUAUAUUUGGACUCGUACCCAGCUGUGAAAAUCACAGCGGCUCGUCCAAUAUGGUUUUUUUCUGCUGUGUAAUCGUCCAAAUAUAUCUCCGUAUUGUACAGAACAAUGUUAAAUAACCUAAAAAGUACUUAAGCAUACUGAUUAUGUAUAUGAUAUUUAGGACAAAUAUAAUAUGUAUAAACCCUCAUUUUGAAAUUGAAGGCUCGUGUAUCUAGCCAGCUAGCAAAAGUUGACAGUUUGGUUUAAGAUUGUAUAUCCUAUCAUGGUAACCUGAUUUUAAUGACCAAGGCAAAAUAAUUUUUUGACUUUUAGUAAAAUAGAGAUUCAAAUAUUGCAAAGUCAAUUCCCAUAAUUAUGUUCUUUUUAUUAUAGUUUUGAUUAAAUAUUAUCAGAUAAUAAGAUGCAUCUCCGAAGAGUAUAAGAAUGUUUAGCUUAUUUCAUAUUAAAAAAAACAAAAACAUUUAAAUUAUUUUAGACAUUGUAAUUCAUAUGUACAUGUACAUGUAAAUAUAUUUUUAAGUAAGAUUCUGAUUACUGCCAAAAUGAUACCUCUUUUUAAACUUUGAUGUUUUGCAUUAUGCAUAGAGUAUGUGCAAAAUUAAUUUUAAAUCAGUAUGUUCCUUUUCAGUUGCACAUUGCAAAAUGUAAUGCCACAAAACGUAUAUUGUAUGUUUUCAAGAUUUUUUUUUACUCGGUGUCGCAUUUUAACUUAUAUAUGCUAUCUAUUUAACAAAUAAAUACAGCAUGAAUAACUCUUCGUGAAACAAGUAUUUUUGAUAAUAACGAGUUCUUUAAGUGUUGCGUUACAAAAAGAAGUUGCAAAGUAUUAAAAUGCAUUCAUAUUUAGAUACAGCUUAUACCAAUAAAAUCGUUAGCAAAACAAAGAAGAUGAGAAACGAUCUUCUGUUUAUUGUUGAUAUAAUGAUACCCGCGAAAUCGGACAUUGUGUCGUCAUUGUUUCAGCUAAUACUUGUGUUUUGAUCUUUAAUAAAGACUCUUAACUAAUGACCAAUGUCUAUUAUCAUGUACAUAGACAUAUUUUGUUUUUAUUUCCACGUGUAUUUUACUGUUUUGAAUAAAAACUAAACAGAUUUCAGUUGUUAAA